UCGUAGAUAAUUUUAAUCGUGCAAGUGCAGGUGCAUAAGACGUAAUUCACGUAAUCACUUAACGUUGUUGAACCGUUUACCGUCAUUAGAUAUAGAACUUUGAAAGUUGAUCGCGCAUUAGUUUGUUUUGACAAUCGGCAUUUUUUCAAGGUCACUCGAAUCUUUAGAGUCUCUCUCUUUAAUGUUGCACCACCACAACGGCACAAACACACUCCCUCUCGUCUCUCGUCCCUCUACAUGCACCGUAAUAACGUUUAAGACGUCUAGUAUUGUAGUUCAAGAAUAAUCGAUCGUACGUUAACAAAUUGUGAAGGAAAAACAAAAGGCAAAAUGAGUUCCUUGAUCAGAAGAAAAUUUCACACAUUGAUGAAUACGCUAAACCGACGCCAAAAAGCCAUCAAUGCCAAACGUAUGCAGCAGACUCAUGCUGCUUUGAAUUCCACAACAGAAAAUUCUCAGUUUUCCAAUGAUGUGGUACCUGUUUUCAAAUAUGCUUCACAAUACACUGACAAAACAGCAUUACGAGACAUGCACGGAGACUACACUUAUGGAGAUUUGUUUCUUAGUGCAAAACAAUUUGCCAACGAUUUGAAUCGAUUAUUGGGAGAAGGAAGUCAAGAGAGGGUAGCAUUUCUGUUGCCGAAUGAUGCAAGCUACGUCAUCUGUCAGUGGGCUUGUUGGAUAAGUGGUCAGAUAGCUGUGCCUUUGAAUGAUCAACAUCCAACUCCUGUUCUUGAAUACUACAUCACAGAUUCAGAUGCAAAAGUUAUUGUAACCAAUCAAGAGUACCUGCCAGUCAUCGAACCAAUCAUAGCCAAAAGCAAAAGACAUCUAAUAGUUUUUGAUAAUGCUCUUAGAGUUUUGGCAAUGAAACCGGAUGGCAAGCAAGCCAAUAACAAGGUACUCAUUGAGCGUGACCUUGGAAAUGCGUUUGAUGCAGGUGUUUCUGGAGAUUUUUACAACAAAAGUGAUGCAAUGUUUGUUUACACUUCAGGCACAACAAACAAACCAAAAGAAGCAGCGGGAGGUGUGGUUUUGAGCCACAAAAACAUCCAGGCACAGGUGAAAUCACUAAUCACAGCAUGGAAACACACGGAGAAAGACAUAUUCCUGCACACACUACCUCUGCAUCACGUGCAUGGUAUCAUCAAUGUACUACUUUGCCCACUGUACGUCGGAGGACGAUGUGUCAUGCUACCGAAAUUUUCGGCCGCAGGCGUUUGGGCGCAGAUUACCGCUGUCAAUCUACAAAAUACAGAGCGUAUAAAUGUAUUUGCGGCAGUGCCCACGAUUUAUAUGAAGCUCAUUCAGGAUUACGAUCAAUUGUUUGCAAAAAAUGAAAAGAUCAAAGAAUACAUACACAACGUAUGCUCCACUAAAAUUAGGUUGAUGAUAAGCGGCUCGGCACCACUGCCGAAACCUAUAUUCGAUAGGUGGGAGGAGAUCACAGGACACAAAUUACUUGAAAGAUACGGUAUGACUGAAACUGGCAUGGUUUUGUCAAAUCCUCUCGAAGGAGAUCGCAUUCCAGGCACUGUUGGAACGCCGCUGCCGGGAGUCGAAGUUCGACUGACCGAACCAAACCCCGCAAAUGAAAGCAGUCCAAAAAUUCUAGUUCAGGGUAACUCAAAAUCGAGUCACAUAUUGGCUAGUUCCAAGGCACCCGUGACAGGAGAUCUGGAAGUUAAGGGGGAUGGUGUUUUUAAGCAAUACUGGCAAAGGCCAGAAGCAACUAAGAAAUCCUUUACAAAAGACGGAUGGUUCAAAACUGAUGACACGGUACAAUUCGACAAAGGUAUUUAUAAGAUGUUGGGGCGUAGCUCAGUUGAUAUCAUCAAAAGCGGCGGCUACAAAGUCAGCGCGGUGGAAGUGGAGACUGUAAUAUUAGGUCACCCAAAUGUGAUAGAUUGCACAGUCGUUGGCGUAGGAGACCUGACGUGGGGCCAAAAGGUCGCGGCCAUUGUAGUACUGAAUGAGGGCUCGGAACUCAUUCUCUCGCAACUCCGCGACUUUGCAAAGAAGGUGCUUCCAGCUUAUGCCGCUCCCACGAUACUCAAAGUCGUCAAUAAGAUCCCGAAAAACAGCAUGGGUAAAGUAAACAAACCUGACAUUAUUCGCAUACUCUUUCCCGAAGGGAAAAUUACGGAGGAAAAAACAGAUAAGGUAAAGAGCAGUCCCGAGGAAGUCGAGGGAAAGAAGGAAGGAAAUAAAUAAGUGGUGCGUGACCCGAAUUUUACAACCCCCCUUGACUGAUUCUUUUGUUCGUCGUCGUAAGAUAUAUUGGCCGAUUUUCAGUGGUUAAUCUUUUCCGUUGUCAGUGUUUCACAAAUAGAGGGAUCCGUCUUAAUAAAUUACAUAAAGGGUCUGAGGCCAGUCUGAAGAGACUGAGAUUAAAGUAAAUUAUUGUUUCCUCGAAUUCGUAGAAAUCGGCUUAAACGCUUGAGAUUUUUAUUUAUUUUUUGUUCUUUUUUUUUUUUUUUUUCAACGAGUUUUACUUACUAAGGCAAAUAUAUCUUAUUCCCAAAACAUAUCUUUUCGAAACUUUGACACCAAACCAAAGACAUAAAAACAAAGUAACGGUGAAGGAGUAAUGUAUACUUUCAUACAAAUUUAUUACGUUUACACUCGCCAUAAACGCUGGGUUAGAAAUGUCGCGCUAAUAGUCGAUAUUAAUUAUUGUUAAUUAAAAAUUCCAUUGUCAUCGAUACUUUUUUGUUUUUCGGGUAUUGCUGAUAAAUAUCACGCGUUACAUAGGCAUGUAGGCCAACUGCCGAACACAGCGUGAUGAGGAAUAGUUGUAAGAAACAUUACAUGUUAUAGUGAACGAUUAAUUUUGUAAGUCGAUCCGAAUGAAACAUUGAAAAAUCUUAACCGCACGAAAUUUUUGUGCAAACCGCAUGGUCGUUUUUAAAUUGUUACAAUAACGAGUAAUCAUAACAAUUAUACAUGUAUACACAUAAAUAUAUUUUUUAGUAAGAAGC